AUGUCCAACGGAGCAGGCAGCGGUGCAAUGGCCUGGCUGGAAGCGGCCAAUGGCAGAAGUGAUGGUGGCAAGAUGGAUGCCCCCAAAAAGGAGAAGGCGAGCAAACUUUCUGUGGAGCGAGUUUACCAGAAGAAAACCCAAUUGGAGCACAUCCUCCUGCGUCCGGACACAUAUGUUGGCAGUGUGGAGCCCGUCACCCAGCAAAUGUGGGUGUUUGAUGAAGAGAUCGGAAUGAACCAGAGAGAGAUCACCUAUGUCCCCGGCUUGUACAAAAUCUUUGAUGAGAUCCUGGUGAACGCAGCCGACAACAAACAGCGGGACAAGAACAUGACGGGGAUAAAGAUCACCAUCGACCCUGACUCCAACACCAUUUCCAUCUGGAACAACGGCAAAGGCAUCCCCGUGGUGGAGCACAAGGACGAGAAGAUGUACGUGCCCGCUCUCAUCUUCGGACACCUGCUCACCUCCAGUAACUAUGACGACGAGGAGAAGAAAGUCACUGGUGGAAGGAACGGAUACGGAGCCAAAUUGUGCAACAUCUUCAGCACCAAGUUUACAGUGGAAACAGCCUGCAAGGAGUACAGGCACAGCUUCAAACAGACGUGGCAGAACAACAUGACCAAGACGGCGGACCCCAAGAUCAAGUUCUUUGACGGGGAGGACUUCACGUGCGUGACCUUCCAGCCGGACCUCUCCAAGUUCAAGAUGGAGAAGCUGGACAAGGACAUCGUGGCCCUGCUCACGCGCCGAGCCUACGACAUCGCCGGCUCCUGUAAAGGCGUCAAAGUCUCACUCAACGGGAAAAAACUGCCUGUGUCCAGCUUCCGCAACUACGUGGACCUGUACGUAAAGGACAAGGUGGACGAGACGGGCGUGUCGCUGAAGGUGGUCAACGAGGCGGUGAACGAGCGCUGGGACGUGUGCCUCACCAUGAGCGAGAAGGGGUUCCAGCAGAUCAGCUUCGUUAACAGCAUCGCCACCACCAAGGGAGGCCGGCACACAGACUACGUGGUCGACCAGAUCGUCUCCAAACUGAUCGAAGUGGUGAAGAAGAAGAACAAGGCCGGAGUAUCGGUCAAACCCUUCCAGGUGAAGAACCACAUCUGGGUGUUUGUGAACUGUCUGAUCGAGAACCCCACCUUCGACUCCCAAACCAAGGAGAACAUGACGCUGCAGAUGAAAAGCUUCGGCUCCAAGUGCAUACUCUCCGAGAAGUUCAUACGUGCUGCGACCAACUGUGGGAUCGUGGAGAGCAUUCUGAACUGGGUGAAGUUCAAGGCGCAGACGCAGCUGAACAAGAAAUGUUCCUCAGUGAAGCACAGCAAGAUCAAGGGCAUCCCCAAACUGGACGAUGCCAACGAUGCCGGAGGGAAGCACUCGUCAGAAUGCACCCUGAUCCUAACUGAAGGAGACUCGGCUAAGACUCUGGCCGUAUCUGGGCUGGCUGUGAUUGGCCGAGAUCGAUACGGCGUGUUCCCGCUCCGAGGGAAAAUCCUCAACGUCAGAGAGGCCACACACAAACAGAUUAUGGAGAAUGCGGAAAUCAACAACAUCAUCAAAAUCGUAGGUCUUCAAUACAAGAAAAGCUAUGACGACGCAGAGUCUCUCCGAUCUCUACGCUACGGCAAGAUCAUGAUCAUGACCGAUCAGGACCAGGACGGCUCUCACAUCAAAGGGCUGCUCAUCAACUUCUUCCACCACAACUGGCCGUCUCUGCUCAGGCACACAUUCCUGGAGGAGUUCAUCACGCCCAUUGUCAAAGUGAACAAGAACAAGCAGGAGCUGUCCUUCUACAGCAUCCCAGAGUUUGACGAGUGGAAGAAAAAUACAGAGAACUUCAAAACUUGGCAUAUAAAGUACUACAAAGGUUUGGGUACAAGCACAAGCAAAGAGGCUAAAGAGUAUUUUGCCGAUAUGGAGAGGCACCGAAUCUCCUUUAAAUACAGUGGAGCCGAAGACGACGCCGCCAUUACUCUGGCCUUCAGUAAGAAGAAGACGGACGACCGCAAAGAAUGGCUGACCAACUUCAUGGAGGACCGGAGGCAGCGGAGGAUGCAUGGGCUGCCGGAGAAAUUCUUGUAUGGAACUCAAACCAAACACUUGUCCUACAACGACUUCAUCAACAAAGAGCUGAUUCUCUUCUCAAACUCAGACAACGAAAGAUCCAUCCCAUCCUUAGUCGAUGGCCUAAAGCCCGGCCAGAGGAAAGUCCUGUUCACGUGUAUGAAGAGGAACGACAAGCGGGAGGUCAAGGUGGCACAGCUGGCCGGUUCAGUGGCCGAAAUGUCGGCCUAUCACCACGGAGAGCAAGCCCUCAUGAUGACCAUCGUGAACUUGGCCCAGAACUUUGUGGGCAGUAACAACAUCAACAUCCUGCAGCCACUGGGUCAGUUCGGUACUCGCAUCAACGGAGGCAAAGACGCUGCCAGCCCCCGUUACAUCUUCACCAUGCUGAGCCCUUUGGCCAAGCUGCUGUUCCCUGCCGUGGACUCCAACCUGCUCAAGUUCCUGUUUGACGAUAACCAGAAGGUGGAGCCAGAGUGGUACAUCCCCAUCCUGCCCCUGGUGCUGGUGAACGGAGCCGAGGGCAUCGGCACAGGCUGGGCCUGCCGCAUCCCCAACUACGACCCCCGCGAGAUCGUCAACAACAUCAACAGGAUGCUCAAGCACCAGGACCCUCUGCCCAUGCUCCCCAGUUAUAAAGGAUUCAAAGGUAUUAUCCAUGAACUGGGUCAGAACCAGUACCUGAUGAGCGGCGAAGUGUCCGUAAUCGACAAAAACACCAUCGAGAUCACAGAGCUGCCCGUCCGCACCUGGACACAGGCCUAUAAGGAGUCUGUGCUGGAGCCCAUGGUGCAGGGCACAGAGAAGACCCCCGCUCUCAUCAACGACUACAAGGAGUACCACACCGACACCACGGUCAAGUUUGUGGUGCGCAUGUCUGAGGAGAAGCUGGCCCAAGCCGAGGCCGCGGGUCUGCACAAAGUCUUCAAGCUCCAGUCCUCCCUCACCUGCAACUCUAUGGUGCUGUUCGACCACAUGGGCUGCCUGAAGAGGUACGACUCUGUCAACGAGAUCCUGAAGGAGUUCUUUGAGCUGCGGCUGCACUACUACAAGCUCCGCAAAGACUGGCAGCUGGGCAGCCUGGGAGCAGAGGCGUCCAAACUGUCCAACCAGGCUCGCUUCGUCCUGGAGAAGAUUGAGGGAAAGCUCACAAUCGAAAACAAGACGAAGAGGGAGCUGAUUCGUAUGCUGGUGCAGAAAGGCUUUGAGUCCGAUCCGGUGGCCGCGUGGACCAAGGCACAGGAAAAGUUCCACGAGGAGGAUAAGGACAGCAGCGACAGCGACAGCUCCGUGGACUCGGGCUCCUCCUCAGGACCAAACUUUAACUACAUCCUCAACAUGCCUCUGUGGUGCCUGAGCAAGGAGAAGGUGGACGAGCUGCUCAAGCAAAGGGACCUCAAGAGGGGAGAGCUGCACGAGCUGCAGAAGAAGUCUCCGGAAGAUCUGUGGAAGGAGGACCUUGCCGUGUUUAUCGAGGAGCUCACGAACCUUGAAACCAUGGAGCGUGAGGAGCAGAGCGCGGGCCGAGCCAUCAAAUUGGUCAAAGGCAAAGUAGGAAAACCCAAAGUGAAAAAGAUGAACCUGGAGGAGACCAUGCCCUCGCCGUGGGGCCGCAGGGUGGACCCCCCCUCACAGCCAAUCAAAUCUGAAGCCACCAAGAAGGGCCUGGGCCGGAAGAAGAAGGGGGACAAUGACCCGUCUAUGAAGCUGGAGCUGGAUGAGGACGGGCCGGGGGCAGAGGGAGGAGGAGGCGAUGGUCCUGCUCCAGCUGCAAAACCAAAGACUCCACGCGUCAAGAAAGAGAAAAAGGAACCAGGAGCGCCCCGCGUGAGGAAACCAGCGGCGCCAAAAGGAACGCCCAACAAGAAGGUGAAGAAGAGGAACCCCUGGUCUGACGCAGAGUCCCAGUCCGACUCAGACCUGGAGGAUGACAAGGAGCCACUGGUGAUCCCCCGAGAGACCAAGUCCCAGAGGCAAUCAGCCUCCAAGCCCAAGUACACCUUCGACUUCUCCGAGGAGGAAGGAGGCGGCGAGGAGGAGGAGGAGAACGGAGAGGAGGACACGGCCACGUCCCCCGCUCGCUCCUACAGCGAGGACUUUACGCCAUCGGAACCCAAACAGAAGCACUCCUCCUUCAACGACCACAACGAGGACGAGGACGAGGAAGAGGAGGCCUUCUCCAGCCCGCCGCUCAAGUCCACGCCUGCACCCGCGCCCAAGAAGAAACCCAGCAGCAUCUUCUCCUCUUCCAAGGCUGCGUUUUCUGACAAGAGCAACGACAGCGACGGAUCGCGGUCGGACAGUGACGACGGCGACAGGGGGAUAUUCUCCACUUACUCCAGUUAUUCUAAUUCACCAGCCAAAAAAGUAACCAAGAAGCAGCCGGACACUGCGCCCAAACCCAAGAAGACGCCAGCACCUAAAGCAAAGAAGCCCGACAAGUCCAUCUGGGACUCGGACUCAGACACAGAAGCCAAGAAGCCCAGCCCCGCGCUCAAAGGAAAAGGCCGAGGGAAGAAGAGGAAGGGCUCUGGCUCCGAGGACGACGAGUACAACCCACUGAAGAAGGCCAACAAACCAGCAGGAAAGGUCAGCCCCCUCUCCACACCACACAUCAUCACAUCAUGUCACAUUCACACUCUCAAUGCCUUUUGUGCUCAUUCAGAAAGCCAGAAAGGACUCAAAGUGACAUGGAAGCCCCAGAAAGCCCCCUCUGAGGACGAAGAAGAGGAGCGCGAAGAGGACCUGGACCACCACAGCUCCAGCCUCUUCAGCAGCCUGUCCAGAGGAACGGCUCGCGCCAAGAAGGAGGUCAAAUACUUUGACUCGGACAUUGACCCAGAGGACGACGACGACAUGUUCGACUAA